AUGAACUUUAGCCCACCUCCACCACCACCUGGAGGUCAACCACCUCCACCACCUGGUGGUAAUGGAGGACCUCGACCUCCACCACCCCCCACCACCAAGAGGAGGCUCACCUCCACCACCUCCACCACCCCACCAAAUGGAGGAUCUCCACCACCCGGUUCUCGACCACCACCACCAACUGGUUCUCCACCACCUCCACCACCGAACGGAGGAUCUCCACCACCCGGCUCUCGUCCUCCUCCAUCACCAACUGGCCGCCCUUCACCCCCACCGAAUGGAUCAAAUCCUCCGCCACGCCCAACCGGAGGCUCUCCACCACCAAGUGGACCCUAU